GCACCGAUGUAGACGGUGGAGAUGACGGCAACCAAAGAAGAAUUUGGCAUUGUUUGUGCCAUUGUCGUCACGAAAGAUCUCGUCUUGAUUUUUCGGUGCCACGCAUUCAACAAUGCAUCGCUCGCGACGACCACGCCGUCGAAUUGACCACAGCACGUCAACGCCUUCGCGGCGCCUUCCUGAAGCUUUGCGCUGACGUGUUUUGCGCUACCUUUCUCAAUCCCCUCUAUACCGAUCAAUCCCCUUUUCAAGAGAUUAGUCUACUUUUUAGAGAAUCGCCGAAAAUGAGCACCAAAGGCAAGUGGUUAACCAUCGAGCAGAAGUGCGAGUUAAUCGCGCAGCACCGGCGCGAGCCGGCCGUCAACUACACGCAGCUGGCGCUGUGGGCCAAGGAUCACUUCGAGCUGUCAGUGCCGCCGACGCGCCAGACCAUCCGCAACAUCCUUAAUGCGGCCGCCGACAUCGAGGCCAAGCGAGUCAGUGGCAAUGUGACGGCUAAAGGCCGCAGAGUUUGCGUACGCUCGAAGGAACUCGAAAAUCGACUGGAGCACUACGUCGAAGAUUCUCAGGCGCGCGGAAUGAGGCUAACGCGACGCAUCUUGCACGCGAGAGCCAGGGAAAUCCUCGACACGAUGGAAAACCCACCGCCCCAUAAUUUGUCGGUCGGGUGGCUUACUCGCUUCAUGAAACGCCACGGGCUGCGCUUCCAGAAGGAACGGGAGGGUCCAGACGAGGGGGAGGCGGUAGGCUGCGAACCUGUAGCUCAAGUGGCAGGAGCAGCACCUCACGCUGGGAACUUUCAACAGCAACCUGUCCAAGGACAAGAUGCAGAAGCAGAGCGCGCGCGCGUGGAAAACCUUCGACAAAAGGCCAAAAAGAGGCUGCGCGAAAUCGAAAAAGAGGCCAGGGAGAUCAGGAAAUAUCUUCGCAGACUCGAUGACGCCACGAACGCACAGCAGGUAUUAAUGCAGUAGGCUGCGAAUCUUUAUCAUUCCCAAUCCAUGCUCGACCGAGCGAGUAGCGACACCGUCUCCUCCUCAGUAUUUCGUCAACACCAGUAGUAUGCCUAGAUCUGUGACGUCUGUAGCGUAAGCUGAAGUCCUGUACUGCAACUUCGAUAUCGCUGAAAAUGCUGCUGUAUGCGUUGCUUGUGCUGAGGUGUCGCCAUGGCGCAAUAAGACGUCAACAGUACGCGCUCUUGUCCCUCCUCGAGAAAAUACCCAACCUUUAUAAAAUUAAGCAAACAAGAGUAAGUGCAAUCACGAAUCGAAAGCUCAAUCCAUCGGAUAUGCCAUUCUCACCUCGAUCAUUGCUGCAUCUUC